CCGCGGGAAGUGCUCUCAAGCGAUGGAGGGGAAGGCUGUCAUUCACGUGACGUCACGCUGCGCAGCGGCAUGGGCGGGUGGGCAGAGGUUAAAGUGAAAGUACCUUUUGGAAACAAGUAUCUCGAUGCUGUCUUUUCUGUUCCAGAGAAGAAACCAACAUAUGGAGUGAUUCUUACCCAUGGAGCUGGAGGAGAUAUGAACUUCCCUCACUUAGUGUCUUUGGCAGCCUGUCUUGCAUCCCGUGGAGUCCUGUGCCUACGAUUUACUUGUAAAGGCCUUAACAUUGCUUAUAGGGCUAAGGCCUUCAACACAGUUGUGGAAUACCUAAAGCUUUCUGAUGAUUAUAAACUUUCAGGUGUCUUCCUUGCAGGCCGCUCCAUGGGCUCACGAGCUGCUGCAUCUGUGGUACGUCAGCUUAGCCACGGUGAUGAUGAUGAUGACUUCGUUCAAGGUCUUGUAUGUUUAUCUUACCCAUUGCAUCGACCAAGACUUCAGUCCAAGCUCCGGGAUGAAGAUUUAUUAUUGAUCAGGUGUCCAGUGCUGUUUGUCUCAGGAUCAGCAGAUGAGAUGUGUGAAAAACAACUGCUAGAAGGUGUGGUAAGCAAAAUGAAAGCCCCUAUAAAAAUCCACUGGAUUGAUAAAGCAAACCAUGGGAUGGCAGUCAAAGGACGAACAGCAGAAGAUGUCAUGGAAGAAAUAAAUGCCCAAGUGUUUUCAUGGCUUAGAAAGAAUAUGGAACUGGAGCACAAAUGAUUUGCAGUUUUUAAGCAAUGUCUUCACUUAGUUUUUCCUUAGUGUGGCAAAUUCGGUUGCUUUUUCUGAGAGGUGUAUUUUUUUAAACAUGUUUUCAGAGGUCUAAGUGUAAAUGCAAAUAAAACUUUUUUUGUAUGAAUGAAAAAUAAUGCAAAACAAUAAAGACCUUUUUAAAGGA